UUGCACAAUUAGUUAUAACGAAUUCAGUUUUCGCUCGUUUUUACGAAGCUGUCGAAACGCUGUGGUCGAAAUAAUUGUAGGAAGUAUAGUUGAGAGAAGAAGGAGAAGACGAAGGAGACAAACAAGUUACUUUAACGCUUCAUGACACUGAUUUUACUUUAAACUUGAAACUUGUGUCUACGGAGCAAAUUUUCAAUUCUAUUAUAACACGGGACGAAGAAACACUGCCCAAAGUCACAUUCGAUCGCGCUUUGGUACACAAUACGAGUAUUCUGGUCACCUUCGACAGGAAAACAUCAAGUGGUACGGAAUUCGAGUGGACAGAGUGUAAAUGAAAGUUGAUAAAUUGAGACGAAAGCUGAGAGAAGCGAUGCGGCUGUUGAAUGUUGACAAAUUUUAACCAACACCGGCAUACGGUAGAAAAAACGUGACUUUAGUGGAGGUUAAAAAUUCAGUGAACGUCACUGUUCGACUCUCGGGGUCGUAAAAAGCGCAGGAAUUUUCAACCGGGGAUAACAAUAAAAGUAUAAAAAGAUUAUUGCCGGAGGUCUCGAACUCUUUUUCGAUAAAAUAAAGAAGGAGAGAAAAAAAAAAUAUACAAACCACGGUGCAGAAAAAGCUAGUUGUGCGGGAAAGCUCGCAAGCUUCUGGCACCGCGAGGUAUCGAUUGCCGGCGUCUCACGAGCUUCAAGAGGAUGGUCUCUUUCGAAUAGAGCGUAAAACGGGCGCUGAGGGUGACUUAGGGGAAGCCACCACCAUAGGAAAAUCGAUACGAGCUUGAUCCACGCUAUUCGAAGGGCGCCAUGACGUCCAAGGCUGGCAGAUCCUACUCAGUGAGAUCUCCGCGGGUCGGAGGUCCGCUCUCUCAGCCACUCGCAAUGAUUCCCCCAACGAUGCACGGCCACGAAUUCAACCAACCCUUGUCGAGGGUGGUUAUGGUCCGCAAAACCGACCAGAGAACCUUCAGCAAGGGUCGCAGAGGCGGCGAACCGAUGCUAGAAACUGUCACCCGGGAAACGAUCGAACUUUUCAACGGUGGUAGAGCGGAGAGGAAAUUCACCUCCGAGACCAAAGACGUCGCCACCCCAAAGUCAAACAGCAUGCCUUCCCUCAGCGGAAGUGGAACGAAAAAGAAGGUUGUUGGCUUUGUUGACCAGUUUUCACCCGAAAGGUCACGAGCUGACUCGGUGCGAUCAAAGUCACCGCCAACGGCGUCACCGGCUUCACCAGGACCUCUGUCAGGCUCGUUUCACGGAAGUUUUCACGGCAGUCUUGGCAGCGAUGGAAUGUCAUGCAGCAGCGCGAGGUCCUCUUCGGCAUCGCCCGACUCGGCUCGCUAUUCAUCUUCCCAGAUCAGCAAACCAGAGAUUACAAAGACUGACAGCCGUAAAACAUCUCUGCGCAGAUCGGGUCCGUCGAAGGAAUUCCUCGACGCCUGUCUCGAAGCCCACAACGUUUAUCGUGCCCGACAUGGCGUUCCUCCUCUGCGAAUCAACAAACAGAUGUGUAAAUCGAGCCAAGACUGGGCAAACAUUCUGGCAGUUAAGGGUCGGCUAGAACACAGAACGAACAUUGACUACGGGGAAAAUUUAUUCUGCAUGUGGAGUUCAAAUCCAAAGAACAUUGUAAGCGGAGAGGAACCGGUCAACGAAUGGUACGCCGAAGAGGCGCAACAUCAAUACGGAAAGGAGCCAACGACCCUGAAGACGGGUCACUUCACGCAAGUCGUAUGGCGAGAUAGUUCAGAGCUGGGAAUCGGGAUGGCACGUAAUCGUAACGGGGAGAUUUACGUCGUGUGCAAUUACAAUCCGGCUGGAAAUUUCUUGGGCAGCUUUACUGAGAACGUUUUACCACCCGGUGAAGUUUGUACACCGAGGAAACUUGGCAGCGUUAACGCCCAAGUGAACCUCAUAAACGAGACGUCUUGGCAACAGGAAGCUCUGUUGGUCCACAACGAGUAUCGUAGAAGACACAGAGUUCCGGACCUCAAGCUUAACUCCGAACUGACAGCUGCUGCUCGGGCCUGGGCGGAGACUCUUCUACAAACGAACAAACUGGUUCACCAAUCCACGUCACCGUAUGGUGAAAAUAUUUACUCAAUGCACUGUUCGGACCCGAAACUCGUUGUCUCUGCGAGGGAAGUGGUUUCGAAAUGGUACUCAGAGAAAAAGGAUCACAAGUACGGAUCGGAACCAAGAGUUCUUAACACAUGUCACUUCACACAAAUAGUAUGGCGUAAUACAACGGACAUGGGAAUAGCGAUGGCUCGGAGGAACGGUACCUGUGUCAUAGUAGCCUGCUAUCAUCCUCGGGGUAACAUCGUUGGUCAGUUCACCGAAAACGUGCUGAAACCAAAGUGAAAAUUGAUGAGCGAUCCACGUUCCUCGUAGACCAGAUGGACGUAACUUGUUAAUAGUGUACCUAAGCCUGUAUUUAUAUAUAUUUAUAUAUAUAUUAUACAUAGAUAUUAUACACAUAUGCAUGUAAAGACCAUAUAUAGACAUAAUAAACAUUCCAUACAAGCAUA